GGCGCCAUCCUCUCCCGCGCCCUCGCGCGCGCGGUCGACUUGACGUGGGAGCCGCGCCCCGGGCGAACCAGGGGUGCACCUCGCCGCCUGGCCGGCAUGGCCUCGCCUCACGACGCCAUCGACCUGACGGGCGACUCCGACGAGGAGGAGCCUCAGCUCGCCGUCGCCGGGCCGGUCUCCGAGUCCGGCGAGGAGCCGGAGCCCAUGCCCCUUGAGGCAGUGCGCGCGGUGCUGCAGCACGAGCGGCUCAAGCUCGGCCAGUACGCCGAGAACCUCGUCGCCGCGGGCUAUGACGAUGUCCGCUACAUGCGGCAUCUCACGACGGAGGAGCUGAGAGUAGCCGGGCGGGAGCACGCCUCUAUGAAGCAGGGGCACGCUGCCAAGUUCGCCAAGUGGUUCCACGAGGCGGCAGGCGGAAUGCUGCCGGACACGGCCGCGGCGGCAGGAGGUGGCUCUGCCGGGAGCAGCGAGAGCCACGCGUCUGCUGCCGGCGCAGCUGGCGGCGCGCCGCUCGCUGCGCUGAGCAGCGACGACCAGGAGGUCGCGGGGCGGCUCCUCCCCUUCCUGAAGGACCACGGGCGGCGCGAGGAAGCUGCAGCCGCCAAGGCGGUAUUCCCACCACACGCGCACGGCACACCCGCAGGCGGCCCUGCUGAGCCUGCGGCCGGCGAGCGGGCCGCUCGGCAACCUCUCCGCCAGCGACUUCCGCGCGGCGCCGCCGGCUUCAUCCGCGGCCGCGCAGCGCAUGGGCUCCUCUCGAUUGCCGGUCACGGCGACGGCGACGCGGCGCUGCGCGAGCUGCGCGCGCGCGCAGAGGCGCAGUACCGCCAGAAGGCGGUGACUGGGGAGAGCAGCCAUUGCGCCGGCCAUGGAACCGUCCGGCUGGUGGAGUUCGUCGACGGCGGACAGGCGAAGCAGCUCGGCCUCGACCUCCCCGGCAUCGAGGCGCCCGCCAACACUUUCCGCAUCGACAAGGACUUCUCGUACGGCCUGCAGCUGAUGCACCGAGGCUUCCUCACCAAGACGCACAAGGACCAGGCCGGCGUGAUGCCCCUCAUCGUGCGCGGCGACUCGCUCUUCCUCGUCUGGUCCCUCGAGGACGGGCUCAAGGCGGGCCUCACCGGCGGAGGCGGCGCCGCGGAGACGCCGGAGAGCGAGUGGGAGCACGAGUGGUUGCCGCCGGAGGAGGGCGGCGAGGAGGGCGGCGAGCCGCGGCCGGGUGCGUGGAGGCGUUUCGCGUCGAUGCCGUCGGCGGCGAUGGCGCGCCUCUGGCGGGGCGGGCGAGCCUCGGGAGCGCGGGGUCGGAGAGGCGCUCCCGCGUGCGGCACUGUGGCGCUGUACUGGAACUACCACGACUUGCUCACCCUCGCCGAGGGCCUCCCCUCGUGUGCGCUCGAGCGGGCCAGCAGCGGCGAGUUGCCCGCGCGGCUGCUCAAGGCCAUCUGCGCUGAGGCGGAUCAGUCUGGCGCCGCCGCGCCGAACCUCGCGACGAUCGCGAGGCGCUGGCGGGAGAGGACCGGAGCGGCUAAGACGUUCCUCGAGCGCCUCUCCGCGCCGGGCGCGAACAUCGCCCAUACGAGCGUCGAGUCGGCCGAUGCGGCGGAGGCGGAGGCGGCCGCGCUGCUGGAGGGGGCGAGCAAGGAGCUGUCUGCGGCGCGACGCCAGAAGGUCGACCUCAAGAGGCUCAUCGAGGGCGUGUGCGACCCCAGGCUCUGCCUGCCGGAGAGCGCGCCCUCCCGCGACGACGACGACGACGAGUGACGGCGGGCUCUCGAUCCGGCCGCCGCCCCGCCGCCGCCGCGCCGGCACGCCCACGGUAGUGUAGCCCGUGGACGUGGUCCAGGGAGAAGCUUAGAGUCCUCGGCCGGCCGCGGCGCACAGCCCAUUAGCUGUUAGCUCAAGGGGGCCUCGCUCUAACAUACGUGCAUGUAUUCGCUAUUCCCGUUUCCCCGAGUCUUCUCUACGUCGUGACGGCUAUAUUAUUAUCGGUCGAACGGUCGGGGAUUGUUGUGCGUCUAUUUAUCGGUUCUUGCUGGAGUAUUAUCGGCUCAU